GGUUCGUCCUGCGCUGUUAAUGAGCGGUCUUAAAUUUUAGAACGACAUUGGCGGUCGAAACUUUCUUGCUAAAAUAUGGACCACAUUUCUUAAAGCUCGUUUGAACUGCUCUAUUCAAGGCGAAUUCCCUUUUUAUUUCGAUGAAAUACAACACGUACAGAAAGUAAACGGCUACAAUGACGAGAUAAUGUUCUAUGCGAUUUUCACCACCAGCUUGAACGGCUUUUAUGGUAGUGCUGUAUGUCUUUUCUCGCUGACGGAUAUCAAUUACGUAUUCGACCAAAGUCCGUUCAAAGGACAAAUCUCUUCGAGUCAUGCGUGGCUGCCUGUCGAAGAAUCUGAAGUGCCUUCGCCUAGACCUGGUCAAUGUGUGGAAAAUACGCAGAUGAUCUCAGACACCGCCCUACACUUUAUCAAGUCUCACUCGUUGAUGCACCAUGCGGUACCUAGCAUCUCAAUUUUGGACGGACCUCUUAUUUACAAGCAGGGCGUAAUUUUCACGCGCAUUCUCGUCGACAAGGUGGUCAUCAACGAAGAACUCUAUUACGCCGUGUUUACCGCGUCAGAUGAUGGCAAGAUACAGAAGACUGUACAUUGGUUGAACGACAAGGGUUUUAUCGAGCGGAACGUAAUAGCUAUCUACAAACUUCAUCGUCAGGAACCCAUAAGGGCAAUGCAGCUACUACCGCAACAGUUUCUGUACAUCGCAUACGACACGGAGGUGGCUCAGUUCGACGUCGCCCAAUGCUCGUUGUACACGACAUGUUACGCGUGUGCCAACGACCCGUACUGCUCGUGGAAGUCAGAGAAGAACCAAUGCUACAAGAAGCACGAUUCACAUAGUCUGAAAAAUGGGUGGGUGCAGAUGUCGUUUCGCAAUCCGCGACAACCGGCGUGUGCCCGUAAACCGCAUCGCUUGACCAAGCUGCUGUACCCGGGCGACACAAUACACCUCAACUGCCAGAAUCAGCACGGGCACGGCGGUGCGCUAAACCAGCCACGUAAAUCUGACAUCAUCUGGUUGCAUGACAAUCAUAGCAUCGACUUCAGUAUCCGUGGCUAUUUAAUCACGAUCGACGGCGGUUUGGUAGUUUUAAAUGUAUGUCCUUUUUAG